UUGGAGCGACCUCGCCCUUGUCGCAGAGAGAGGGGGAGGGAAGAUGUAAAGCCGAGCGCGGGCGAGAGGAGGGACACAAGGAGCAGCAACUCCGCGCCCAUUCCUUCACAUACUUCCCCCACCCCCACCCCUUUUCGAUUUCAACCGCCUUCUUGUACGAGUGGAGUGAAAGAGGCGGGGCUUCGCUCAGAACAUUGGCUUCCGGCGUCUACCGUUCGCGCGCAGACAGGCACCGGAAGUGGGUAUUGGCCGCGAGGAAGAGGAGGCGGCUGUCUGAGGGAGCGCGGAGUGCGUGUGCGAGUGAGGCGGAGGGGUGCGCGCGGGGAAGAGCGAGCGGAGGGGGCCGCGCGUGCGCGCUGAAGAGAGAGAGAGAGAGCGAGGAAGAGAGCGCGAGGGAGAGUGCGAGUGAGGAGCGCCUGAGCGGACGGAGGCAGCAGGCAGGCCGGGCUUGACGACGGCGGCUGAAGGAAUAGGGAGAAGAAGAUGGCGGACGGGGACAGCGGGAGCGAGCGAGGGGGCAGCGGGAGCGGCGGAGGCGGUGGUGGCGGAGGAGGUGGUGGCGGCGGCGGCGGCGGAGGAGGAGGAGGAGGCGGAGGAUUCCAGGGGCAUCGUGGCGGCGGCGGCGGCGGGCCGGGUCCGGAGCAGGAGACGCAGGAGUUGGCUUCGAAGCGGCUGGACAUCCAGAACAAGCGCUUCUACCUGGACGUGAAGCAGAACGCCAAGGGCCGCUUCCUGAAGAUCGCCGAGGUGGGCGCGGGGGGCUCCAAGAGCCGCCUGACGCUGUCCAUGGCCGUGGCCGCCGAGUUCCGAGACUACCUGGGCGACUUCAUCGAGCACUACGCCCAGCUCGGGCCCAGCAGCCCUGAGCAACUGGCGCAGGCCUCGGCCGGGCCCGGCGGAGAGGAGGGCGGCGGCGCCGGAGGGCCUCGGCGGGCUCUCAAGAGCGAGUUCUUGGUGCGGGAGAACCGCAAGUACUACUUGGACCUGAAGGAGAACCAGCGAGGCCGCUUCCUGCGCAUCCGCCAGACCAUCAACCGAGGGCCCGGCGGCGGGGGAGGCGGCGGAGGCGGGCCGGGCUUCCCCGGAGGAGGCCCGCCGGGUCUCCAGAGCGGCCAGACCAUCGCCCUGCCCGCCCAGGGCCUGAUCGAGUUCCGCGACGCCUUGGCCAAGCUCAUCGACGACUACGGAGCCGACGAGGACGAGCUGGGCGGCGGCGGCGGCGGUGGGGGCCCUGGCGGCGGAGGCCUCUACGGCGAGCUUCCCGAAGGCACCUCCAUCACGGUGGACUCGAAACGCUUCUUCUUCGACGUGGGCUGCAACAAGUACGGCGUCUUCUUGCGUGUCAGCGAGGUGAAGCCUUCUUAUCGCAACGCUAUCACCGUUCCCUACAAAGCUUGGGCCAAGUUCGGCGGGGCUUUCUGCCGCUAUGCUGACGAGAUGCGAGACAUCCAAGAGCGCCAGCGGGAUAAGCUCUACGACCGACGAGCUGGGCCCGCUGGACCGGGAAGCGGCAGCGGCGCCGGAGACGAUUCCGACGGAGACGACGUGGACGACGACUGAGCCUCUUCUUCCUCCCUGCCCCCCAACUCUUUGACAACCUCCCCUCCCUCCCCAGUCACCUUCACUCUACCACGGAGGUUGCCACGGGGUGGGGAUUGGGUGGCAACAGGGAAGAAGCUGGAUCCCAAGCCUUCCUUCUUUCCUGCUAUUGUUGGGGAGAGAGCGAGUGAGCAACGAGAUUACCUGCAUACGCCCACUGACUUGCAUCACUUCUGGAACGGCCCCCUCGAUUCCUGUCUCCCCACUUUUUUUUCCUGAGGAUAUAGCAUCUGUUAGCCCAAACGGCCCACCCAAGAAAAACUGGGCUUUGCAUCAUGGUUGCCCUCGCUGUGAGGAGAGAGAAAUCCCUGCGACCUCAAUUCACCUCGACCCCACCCCACCUUGUAGGAAAGAAGAUCUUUGUAAUUGGAAUUCACCCUGGCUUUCAAAGAUUCCUCUUCUGCUGGGUCCCAGAGAUGUUUUGUUUUGGGGAAAUGAGGGAAAGAGGUUAUUUCGAUUUCAUCUUCCUCCAUCUCCCUUGCAUUUUUGAGGUCAUGUCCUCCAUUGAAAACCAGCAUCCUGGAGACUCUAUGGCCACUGAGCACAGUUUUGAAGGGUGGGGAGAAGCCACUGCAGCUGUCCAGAUCCAUGGGGUGGGGAUAUGUGCAGAUCCUGUUGGAGCAACUUGUCGGGGUUGUGAAGAUCAAUAAUCAUGGAAUUAGUCCAGCACAAAUCGGGGUAUUAAGCGCAACAGUGAGGGGGACAAAGGGGGUGGGCAGGGGAAAGGAACAAACAAAAAACCCUAAAGCUUUGAGAAAUGUAGUUGGGAGAGGGAAGCCUGUAUCUGGACCAAUGUCCAUUGUUGUCUUUUUUUUUCUUUGCAGAAUUGUUUUAUUUCUGGGAUGCAGAUUGCUAAACUCCAGCUGCCUGAACUGGAAUUGAUAGAUUAAUUAACUCUGGCAGUUUCUUAAGAUCUUAAAUGGUAUUUUCUUUAUUUUUAAAAGGGGUUUGCUAACAGGUUGAUUAAAGGAAAAACAGGCAUAAAGCACAAGGAACACAGAGUGGACGAGUUGUUGCUCACUAAAGUUCUUCCCCUCUCCAAAUAAGGUGAAAGAGCAAAUUAGGAGGUAGACAUUGGAGUUCCCUUUCCACAGGCUUCAAAAGAUGACCCAGUCAAAUAAGCAGAAUCUAGUCUGCAGUUGGGUCUUACAGAAAAUCUUCUAAAAAUCAUAAUCUUGCAAAGAAAGCAUGUGGCUAAAAGACAGUAGGAAAUUGAAGGCUUCUUUCAUCCUGCAAAUCAGUGGACAUUUCCCAAAAAAACUGUCAUCAAGAACCUCAGGUCCAGAAGUCUGGUAUCACUUAUUCUUUUUAACAAGUUUUUUUUUAACAAAAAGAGAACUCAGUCCAUUUCCUCAGUACCUCAUGUUAUGUUAACAGCAGAGUUGGCAAGCAUGGAUUGAUGGUGUGGGUUGUUCAGAGCAAUGCAUGCCUUGUGCGAGCUUGAUACCCAUUGCUGAAAAGAAGCAGAAACAAACCGUCAAAAGUUCUGUGACUACAAACAUACCCUAGCAGCAUUCUACCAGCUUAAAUUUUAAAGUAGACUGGCUACUGCCUCUUUGUCCCAUUAUCUUCCCAAAUGAAGUUGGGUGUCCCCACCCAAAGAAUUGCCUCAUCUAUAUUUUAAAUGGAUUCUUAUCUAAAAUGGUAUUUUUUUAAAAUUAACAAUGUCACUCCUAUCCCCUUCAAAAAGAUGUUUUAGAUACAUUAUAUACUAGCAACUUUGAAUUGAAUCGGAAAUUGCUCUGUUCAUUACAAAGUUCCAGGUAUUAUUUGUGUGACAUCUUGGAGGCAGGUAAACCUUCCUCUAAAAUCUCUUUAGUAUUUUUUAAAUUGUGCAUGCCUGUACUUUAUUUGAGCUGCCUUUUUAAUUUAUUGCAUACCCUUAUUACCUUAUUUUGGUAUUACUCUUAUCUAUCCUAUCUUGUUUUAUAUUUAUUACUAAGCAAGGAGACAUAUAAAGGCAUUUCUUCACACAGCUGUGACUGGAGUGGGAAAACUGGCUGGAAUUUUCUGUUCAAAAAAUGAUUUUACUGUAGCAGUUACCAAGAUCAGCAAAUAACUUCAGAAUAAGUUACCACAAAACGUUCAGCCACACAAAUUGAUUGUCUGUUUUGCAGCUAAUUCUUUACUCCUGGUGUCCAUGGUAGAUCUUUGUAUCAUUGAAGAAACUUUUCUUUCCAUUUUUCUCCGUCGCAAAGAACUUGUUUCCUGAAUUGUAAUGGGAGCAAUAGUAUUUCUUGAUGUUUUAAUUACAUCCGUAUACUUGUACUGUAUUUUGUACUAUCCAAGGCAGCUGUUUUCAAUAAUGUCCUGCUGUAUUUACCUAUGUAUUUUGUUCAAAUGUAUGUAGUUCUUUGCUGCGGAGAACAAUUUUCCACCAACAAAAGUUUCAGCGGACAGAUUAACUGAGAUACCGCAGCCCUCUAGGAUUGCAGGAAAAGUCUGCUUAAUGAAUUAGAACUCUAGGCAGCAAUGAAAAUUAAGGCUGCAGAUGCUUGGUGUAUAUUGCUGUAACUCUUCACUCAUUUUAAAACAGUGUAUAAUAUUUGUAUAGACCAACGAUGUUUUGUUGCUUCAGUGGUAAUUGAUUUUUUUCUUUUGUUGCUCAGCUGUUGUGAGCCAAUUAAGUUCUUGCAAAGAUGCAGUACCUCUCCUUUUCAGGAGGAUUUUUUGGCUGAAUUGCAGUAACUAGCCUUACCUUUGUAUUAUGUGGUAGUGACAGGGUUUUGACUGUCCCUGGCCAGUGGCUACAUAAGCUAUAAUUAGCUGCCUAGGAAAUAUGUGGAAGUGGACAGGAGCAUAUAUCAAUUGUAUGCCAAGAACGCUGCCAUAUAUGGUAUGGGCUUUGGCAACCAGAAAGUCUCCUUUAGUCAUUAGCUAAACCAGUGUAUAUUGAACAUACAGAUUUGUGCAAGUUGACACAUGACCCUUCAAGAUGGAUAGGUGGUGACAAUGCAGUGUGUCAGUAAUAGCAUCUAAAUUAAAAUACUGGCCUGUGCCCUGUUAAGCAUAAACGAUAGGUUUUUAAAUUUUAACUAAAACUGAGGUUAAUGACCAAUCCUCUUGCUAUGGGAAUUUUUUUCAUAGUGGCACAUGGUCUUGUUGGGUGCAGAGGUUCACUGAGGAAAUUGUUUUUCUUAUUGGGCAAUAGAACUCUGGACAGUGUGGGCAAUAAGAAGGAACAGGCUUGUCUGAAAUGUACAGCUUUGAACAUGUGUGUUUCCCCCUACAAAAUGCUGAACUUUUGUACUUAAAACAGUGGAGACUACAAAGAAGAUCAUUUCAGGGUCUUUUAGAAGCAUUUAUGGCCUCUAAUGAAAGAAGAAGAUCUAAGGCUGUGCUAGAAAUCACCGCACCUUGACUGCACAAGCCACAUGUUAAAAAUCACACUGCUUUCUAAGGAUGGUAGUUUCUCAAUUAUCUCUGUCACGUAUUCUAAAUAGGCAACCUUGUGUCUAUUCAGAAUAGCUGCAGUAUGAGUUGGGAUAGUCAACCACAUUGGAAAUACAUGACACCUGGAUUUUAUCUGAGAUGAGCAAAACCUGUUAUUCCUGUUUAUAUUCUUGUGCAUAAAUGUCAAUUUAAGUAACAGUUUUCCCCCCUUUUUGGUGUUGCAGUUAAAUCAUAUCUUGGAUUUUUUCUGCAGCAUUGUUGACAAUGCCUCAGUGCAGUCUACAACCACUGGAUCCAGCAUACCUGUGCUCGUAUUAGCUCAAUUGUAGUAAAGUUACCAGAGUUAAGAUGUUUCAUGUUGAGGUAUGCCAAUUUAAGUGGCUUGUGGAUCACACUGUCUCCUUAAAAUGUAGAUUCUGUUGUGGUGGGAGGGAUUGGACAGCCUUUCUGGGGAGUUCCUGCAUAUCUGGCAUUUUUAGACAAUUGUCCUUGGAAUUAUGAUUCUGGAAUGCAACAGUCAAAGCAUCUGCUGUACAAAAAUGUAAAUCUUGUAUAGCACCAAAAUUGUAAAUAUUUGAGGCAUACAGGUAUAAUCACCCGUAGCUUUAGCUCGCAUCUAGUUACGGGUUCGUGUUCUUAUUACCAUAGCUGUCUAACUGCAAAGCAGUUCUAGGCCUAACAGUGGAGGCUGGCUUUUUUCUCUCUCAAAGUUAGCCAGCACUGUUGCUGACCCUGGAAUGAUCUUUGCAAGAAAUCACAAAUCUUUUUUUAAAAAGUAAAGAUUCAAGCUUCUGCUUCCAUUUUUCUCCCCCAAAACACACUUAAUUAUCCUGUCCUAUUUUUUAUAGUUUUCAGGAUAAUGGGCACAAGAGGCAGGUUACAGUAAGUCCCUCAUAUUGAGUGGUCCCAUCAUUGACUGCACACUUCAGGUAUUGGAAUAGCUGAGGAUGACUUGUGACAGUGUGAUCUGCUCCAACCGUUUGAGGGGGUGUAGUGUAUUGACUACACAGGACAUUUGAAAAGUGACUCAGGCUACUUUUCUCUUGUGAGGGUGGCAGUUUUGUGAUUUUUGUGGAAAACUGUUCAAUGCAUAAAUAUGCGUGGACAUCUCAAAAGUUCUAACAGAUUAUGGUACUUUAUCUGAUGCACAAUUUAAUCUCUCAGCAGAUAUUCAGUUUUUAUUUAAAAAAACAAACUUGUGGCCUUGACUCUUUAACUUUGUGGAAGGGAGGAGAAUCUAGUUUUCCCUAUAUGAAAGUGGCACUUUUUCGGCUUCAAAUUAUUCUAAUUCUACAGACUUCUUAGUAAACAUGUUCUUCAUAUGCUUCCUUUUUUAAGCAAGUAAAAUGGUAAAUAUCUUGAACUAUGUUUGCUAUGAAUUGAAUUUAGUUUUAUAAAUGAUAGUGUAAUUAGGGUAAUCAAUUGUUUGAGGCUAAACUUUACAAAUUUAAAAGAUGCUGAUAAUCUUAAAAUGGCUGUACUUAAAAUUAUUUUUGAAAACUUUUAAUUUUACCCAUCAGAACCCUUGAGGUGUAUUUGCAUUACCAACAUACUGUUUUAAUACCAAUAGAACUGUGAUGGCUUCUCCAAAGAAUGUUGGGAUUUGAUUUAGUGAAGGUGCUAAGGGGUUCUGUUGGACAUCCGUAGCUUUCCAUAAAGAGCUGUGAAUUCAUUGGGGAGAUGAAAUUACUGUUUAAACCAGUGGUGCAGAUUUGCCCAAACCUGCUGCACUCAGAUUAGUCUUCUGCAGUUGGAUGCUCAAACCUUGUUAAGCCUGUAUGAGGUUGUGGCAAGUUUCUUGUGUAUUUCAUUCUCAGUUAUUUGUUCACUUUGGAUUUGCAGUGUAAAUACAUAGCUUCCUCCCCACCCCCCACCCCCAAUGUACUUCUUGAUAGUCUGGUUUCCAGGUUUGUUAAGGGUAUUUAGAAAGCUCGCCUAUUGUCCAGUAAUGCUGCUUAUGGUAAUUUAGUGUCAGCAAGAUUACUGUAUUUCGAUGUUGUGCUUGAGCAUUAGCAAGAUCAUCAAUUGUCGAAUGAGGUAUACCUCUUAAAAUUGCACACUUGUGUAUGAUUUCUUAGAUUAAUGGAGUGUUGCUAAGGCUGGGAAUGUCUGAUUGUAAAAUAAGAGAAUUCUUCCUUUUCCCCUUUUACAGGUUCUGAGAAACCUUACCUUUUGCACUUUGUUGUUUUCAGCUAACACAGGAGGAAUGGAGGAAAAACAAAGAAAGUGUAGUACUGUUACAGAUUGCUCUGGUGAUGUAUUGCAACAUUGGAGAGAGAAGCAUGAAACAGGUGUUCAGCUCCAUAAGGUUUUUAGUCCAUACAAGUCUAAUUUCAGAAGGAGACGCAGACUAUCUGAAUAUGGUCACCAACCCAACUGCUGCCACCCAAUUCUGUAGCAGGGCCGUUUACCUGCCAUGGUGCUAGACUAAAUUAAUCUUGAUUCAGAUUGCUUCUUUUUUGUAAUAUAUGAUGGCAUAAAUUUUUCUUUGUUUCCAUAAUCACACAUUCUUGUAUAGUUAUGAGGAGUAAGCAAUAAUGCUAUGGCUGGGAUCCAAACAUUGAACAGUUUGUGUCUAACAGAACUAUGCAGAGUUACUCCAGGCCGAGCCCACUGACUAGAUUAGGCUGGAGUAAUUCUUUAUAGUAUUCCCCUGUAAAUGGUGUUUGACUUGUCUUUUUAAAAAUAGGACAUCCCCCCCCAUCAGUGCAGCAAGCCCUUUUCAAAACUGAGAAGAGUUCUGAAAGAAUUAUGGCAAGGGAGAAUUUGCUCACAGUCUCAUUGAGAAUAUGCAGUUCCACUGAAUGUAUCUAAAAUAACUACUUGAGUCCUGUUAUAUAUUCUUCAACUUAACCUUGCAGCUGUAUAACUUAAGGCUAAUGUUACAACUUGAUUCAUGGCUAGUUUGGAGAUGUAAAAUUAUGCCACAGUCUGUGGUUGAUGGGACCACUCUGGGGGCUUUUGAGGAUACUACCUUAGUCCCUUGCUCAUCUCCCCCCCCCCCAAUAUUUAGUGUUUAGUGAUGGCUAUCCUGUUUGGGUACAACGAAGGGCAUUAAACCUGUUACAGUGCUCUCUUAAUAAUAAUAGAGUGCCCCAGAACUGUCUGAUUGAGCUCUCUGAUUUAUUACCUUGCUUAGUUUUCUUUUGGAACUGCAGUUUUUCCCCCUAGGCAUUUCAUUCCACCUCUGCUGUUUUUAAAUUGACAAGGGGAGAGUGAAAGAGCUCAAGCUCAAUGCCUACUGGAAAUACCAACAAACCUUUUGUCUCUGAAAUUCCGUAUAGGGAAGGUUAAGUGUGCUUUGUGAAAGGCGUUUUGUAAUAUGCUGCUAUGUAGCCUUAAUCUCGUAAUGUACUGUAUAAAUAAGCAUACACACGGAGUAAGCAGCCUACAACAAAGAAACAUAAUGUUCUCAUUUGUCAAAGCUAAAAUUGAGGUGCAGGAAAAAGUGGUCCCACUCCAGUCUACCACUACUCCAUAGCCCAGGUAGAGCAUCUUAGAACUUGCAGAAAAAAACUUAAUUUAAAACAGCCGUUACUAUGCAUCAUUUUAACAAAGGCAGAUUUCCAAGGCAAGAUGUUUAAUUUCCUGCCCUGCUCUUCUACGUUGAAAGGCCCAUCUGGUUAGAAAAUCCCAUCUUUGAAUUUAUGUGGGAUUUGCAAGAAAAAUAUAGCUUAAUCUCUUUGUUUCUUCCCUCUGCUCCCUAUUCAGAACUGGGGGUUUUGACUCAUGCAAGUGGCAGCACUGUUAAGAGUUCCAUGAUAAAUGGAUUCUUAAAUGAACUUCUGGCUUAUAUGUAUUGUGUGAAUGUUUCUACUUUACCAACAUUUUUGCGGGGCGACCAGUUGAGCUGUCAAUAAAAUGAGCUGUUCUCCAUUCUAACUUCCUUUCCCGACAGUCCAUUCUGAUAUAUGCUAAAUAGAAAAUAUGGCACAAUGUAUUGCUGAUGCCUUGGCUCUUUAUUAGUUAGCAGUGAACUCUUUAGAAAGGUAGUAUCUGUGUCAAACAGUGAUUUUUCAAACCGCUCCUGCUUUCUAGAGGCUCCUCAUUAACAAGAUUGCUUCUCCACUAUCAGUAUGCCAGUUCAGGUGCAUGUGAGAGUGUUAAGGUAUACUUUCAGUUUGUGAGACAACAUGGUAAGCCCCAAUACACCUAGCCAGUGCUUCUACAAGAGAAGAUUUUGCAGGCCAGAAUUAUGUGCAGCACAGGAGCUGACUGUAACGUGGAAUGAAUUCUGGAGCAGGGAGCUGGAAAACGACUUUAAAAGUUAAAAAAAUUAAGUACUGUCAGACCCUGUUGUUCUAGGCAGUUUAUUUUUUGCUAAUGUUUUAUUGCCAGUUCUGAAAUGCUUGCUGUCUUCCAUCCUUUGACAAAACCUGAGGAACAGGCAUUUGUGAUCUGGUUUGGUGGGAUUACUGUUCUUUAUUGCUUAGUUGAAUUAAAAACUCUGCAGAGGAAAUCAAGUAAGCACAGGUUAUCCAUUGAAAUUGAUGAUGGUGCACCUUAGUUAUGCUUACGUCUUAGCCUCCUAAGUCUUUUCUAGUAGAGCAGAGGUGCCCAGCUGUGGCGCCCCAGAUGUUAAUAGACUACAAUUCCCAUCAGCCCCUGCCAGCAUGGCCAAUUGGGAAUCGUAGUCCAUGAACAUCUGAGGCGCCAGAGUUGGACACCCCUGUAGUAGAGGAAAUAACCAGCUGCCUCUGACCACUAGAGGUAUUGCAUACUGCAGAUGUUACAAGCCCUGUUACUCAGCUUUCAUGCUAAUAGGUUUGUCAAAAGUGAAGGGCGGGGCUGUGAAAAUGGGCAGGGUUUUAGGUAAUGAUUGCCUUCAGGGGAGUGGACAUUUUGUUGGCCUGAAUGUACCAUUUCAGUAGAGAGAAAGUAGUUUAAAUUUGGUGCCGAGUUGACUUGUGCAAGUGACAUAACUGAUCAUACAUGGAUGUAAUCAACCCAUAUGUAAAUAUACACAUGUUUGUACAUUGUAUACAUAGAAAAAGAUGUCUGUGUACAUGUGUAUGUAUUUAUAAAAUUGUUUCUCUGCUAGAUAGUAAAUGCAAAAGUAGCUCUAAUUUUAUAUAUAUAUUAUAUAUUAAAAACUCCCCUCUAUAAAUAUAUUAUAUAAAUGCUAGACGUUAAUUUGUAGAAAAAUAGGACUGAUUUCAGAAUAUCUGCUGAGAGACCAAAAAGUUCACUUUUAAGUACCUUAAUUAAAGAAUAAAGUUUAUUCCUCUUCUUUAUUUUUUUAUAAAAAAUUAAAUGCACUUUAACUGGCAACACGUACAGCUGCAUGAUGCAGUUUCAAACAUGGAAAUGUUUUAAAAGUGCAGCACCCAUUAAAAAAAUAUAUUCUUUUCUCACCUGUCAAGCAGAACGCUGGAAAAUAUUUGAAAUUCCAGGGUUCAAACUGCCUGUUUGUCUUGCUGCCCGUUGGCUGAAGCUUAGAUUCUGAUUUCCCUUGUGGGGGGGUAGCAGGACUGCUUUUUAAAGAGCAAUGCAGAUACAGCCAAACACUACAGGCUGUCAAAUAAAGGCAGGUCCUGGAUUUACCACUAGCUAACUAGCAAAAAAAAAAAAACAGUCCAAAUGACAUUAAGAACUCCUCAUGCUAGUUGAGCACUCCUUAAAUAGCAGGUUUUUGCAAAUGGAGUUUUACAGUCUAUAUUUAAAAAAUUGUAUGUUUGUAACAAAUAAAAGUAUGCAGAAAAGUGAAUGAACCAUG